AUGGAUAAUCCGUCAGCAUCGCCAGCCAAGCCGCCUACCCCGCCCCCGCUCCCUCCCUUUGCGUCUUUUCGCCAGCAUGAGAGGGAAUCGCCAUACCUCGCGAAGCUCGCCUCUGCGCCAGACGACUGGCUCUCUCGACCCGUCGAUCCACCAAAGCCGUACACCUAUGAGCCGAUACAUUAUUUCUUCUACGGCACCCUCAUCCAGCCCGACCUCCUCAAGCGGAUCCUCGACCUGGAGCAAGAACCCGAACUCCGCCCCGGCAAGGUGAUCGGAUACAGCCUCUCCUCAUGGGGCCAGUACAAGGCCCUCGUCGACGGCAGGCCUGGCGAGGAAGUACUCGGGUAUGCCUUUCUUGUCGAGUCCGCCGAGCAGGAGUUCAAGCUGGCCCGGUACGAAACGAGCGCGUACGAGCUGGCGCCGUGCAUGAUCUUCUUCGCCGACGGUAAGAGCCCCGAGCAGGCCCAGGCCAAGACCUUCAUGUACGCCGGCGAUUCCGGGGCGUUGAAGGACGGGAGAUUCGAUGCUUCUUUGUGGGAGCUGCAGAUGGGCAUGCGCUUGCCUCCGCGGCGGCGCCGCCAGCAUGGGAGGGAGGAAGAAAGUUCCUGA